UCGACGUCGGUUGUCAUCGGCAGCGCGUCGCGCCACACGCAUCCAUCCAGGCUACUGCGCCCUCGUCAGCCUCGCUGUACCCUGUGCUUGUGUCGGCGGACAGCUGCUCUCGCCUGUGCCUCUCGGUUAUUAUCGUUUUCCGGCUGUGCGCGGACUUAAAACGCCAAUGUCCGACCAGACGCGCACUCGCACGACUGAGAAAGCGAGAGGCGAGAGAGAGAGAGAGAGAGAGAGAGAGCGAGUUGUGCAAGACGAAAGUCAAAAUUUCCGUAUGCUUGCUAGAAAUUGAGGAGUGAGGCUCGCGGCGGAGGGGGAAGGGAAGAGCUUAACCUUCAUUCAUCGUGAGUGCGCAUUUGCGACACACGCAAGCAUUGCUCGUGCAGACAGUGCGCGCGCUCUCUCUCUAUCUCUCUCGCUCUCUUUCUAAAGUGAAUCGAUAGGAAAUUCGUAAUUUUCACUCCAGACUCUCCCCGCUCGUGCUGGUGCCUCGCGUUCGAGCCCGCGCACUCAGUGAUUGAUGAAGCUGACGGACGGGACCGGAUCUUGCGCCUGGACUUUUUUCUAACGCGCGACGUCGAGGACGAAAAAGUGGGACGCGACGGACGUCCAAGUCGAUUACGCGCGAAUUAAAAUAGUUCCGUAUCUUCCGGGGGAUAAAAUGGAGUCAUCGGGUGAAUCGACGAUCCUUUCACUCUCCGGCUACUAAAAAGUUGGCUUGCAUGAAGAGGAGAUAGGUGAGGAAGCGAAAUAGUCAAACGCGGGGCAAAAUGGCGAAUACGGCCCAUCUGGUGCGCCGGCAAAGCUCGCGAGACCUGAAGCCGCAGAAGAGCAUCGAUAAGCUGGAAAUGAAGGAGAUGCGCGGCAGACUCGUCGUGGAUAAAUGCAAGAGUAACGUCACUGCCUGUUACGGUGCCACCAAUGCCGCCUUCGAAGAUUCCAGUCCCAACAAAGCGAGCAAGACAAGCGGCGGCGGCGGCGGCGGCGGCGGCGGCGGGGGCGGGGGCGGCGGUGAAGUCAGCAGGGCCAGCGGCGCCGGCCAGUUGCUGUCGCCAGUGGCUCCGGGCGGCUCGAAGCUGGGCAGCGGCGAGGGCAAGGCCAUAUUCAAGCCCGAGGCCGGCGAGGACGAGCGCGAGAACUGGGACAGCAAGCUCACCUUCCUGCUCGCUACCGUCGGCUACGCCGUCGGCCUCGGCAACGUCUGGCGAUUUCCCUACCUCGCGCAGAAGAACGGCGGCGGCGCUUUCCUCAUACCCUACUUCAUCAUGCUGGCGAUCGAGGGGAUACCCAUAUUCUAUCUCGAGCUAGCGAUCGGCCAGCGCCUCAGGAAAGGCGCCAUUGGCGUUUGGAAUCAGGUGUCUCCGUACAUGGCUGGGAUAGGUAUAAGUAGCGCUGUAGUGUCCUUUAACGUAGCCCUCUACUAUAAUACCAUUAUCGCCUGGUGCCUAUUUUACUUCGUUCAGAGCUUUCAGUCUGAGCUACCAUGGUCGGAGUGUCCUAACAAGUAUUUUCAGAACGGCUCUUAUGCGCCUGAACCCGAGUGCUUGCAAAGUAGCCCAACGCAAUACUUUUGGUAUCGCACGACCCUAAUGGUCUCGAAAGACAUAAACACGCCGGACGUAUUUAAUUGGAAAAUCGCGUUGGCCCUUGUGAUUGCGUGGAUACUCGUGUACAUGUGCAUGAUCAAGGGCAUCGCCUCGUCGGGCAAGGUCGUCUACGUGACGGCCACCUUCCCUUACAUCGUUCUCAUCAUCUUCUUCUUCCGCGGCGUCACGCUGCCCGGAAUGUCCGACGGGCUGAGACAUCUCUUCACGCCCAAAUGGUACAAGCUGUCCGACCCAGUCGUCUGGCUGGAGGCAGGCACGCAGAUAUUUUUCUCCCUCGGUUUAGCCUUCGGCGGCUUGAUAGCUUUCUCCUCGUACAAUCCGGUCAACAAUAAUUGCUACCGCGACGCAAUCAUGGUCAGUCUCACCAAUUGUUUCACCUCCAUGUUUGCUGGUAUCGUCGUUUUCUCAAUUAUCGGUUUCAAGGCGACAAUGGUUUACGAGCAGUGCCUAAGCGACAGAAACGCAACAGUAUCUAGUAUAUUCGGCGGUAAGAUACCGAAUCCUCUGCCGGUCAGCGGCGCUCUUUACAAUUUUAGCAAUCACAAUGGCAGCGUGACUCGACUGAUGAUGCCGGCACUUCCGGAGUGCGACUUGGAGAAGGAGCUUGACAAUUCGGCGUCGGGCACCGGGCUGGCCUUCAUAAUCUUCACCGAGGCGAUCAAUCAGUUCCCUGGCGCGCAAUUCUGGUCGGUGCUGUUCUUCCUGAUGCUGUUCACGCUGGGCAUAGACUCGCAGUUCGGCACGCUCGAGGGCGUGGUGACCAGCAUCGUCGACAUGAAGCUCUUCCCCAACCUGCGCAAGGAGAUUCUCACCGGCGGCAUAUGCUUGGUGUGCUGCCUGAUAUCCAUGGCGUUCGCUCACGGCGCCGGCAGCUACGUGUUCGUGCUGUUCGACAACUUCAGUGGCAACUUUCCCCUGCUCAUCAUCGCCUUCUUCGAGUGCAUCGCCGUCGCUUACGUGUACGGGAUUAAGAGGUUCGCCGACGACAUCGAGCUGAUGACCGGCAAUCGUCCCGGACUCUACUGGCUGAUCUGCUGGAAGUACCUGAGCCCGCUGGCGAUGCUCAGCAUCCUCGUGGCGUCGGCCGUGGAGAUCGUGGUGGAGGGCAGCGGCUACCAAGCCUGGGUCGCCAGCGAGGGCGUCACCAAGAAGCUCGAGUGGCCCGUCUGGGGACUCGUUCUCAUCGCUGUCCUCAUAUUCGCUUCCAUAUUGUGGAUACCGGUCGUCGGCAUUUGCAGAUACUUCAACAUCCUCAUAAUCGACGACAAUGAGAAAGCCUGGUUCCCAGCAUCGGAUCUCAAGGAAUUUCACGGCAUAAUGCCGCACGAGGUGACGCUCGCCGAGACAUUCCUGUUCUGCAUCCACGCCGACGGCUCGGAAGGCCUGUGCUGCCCCACCGGUGGGCCUCGCGAGGACGACGAGGAGGAGGACCUCGACAUAACUUAAGCUACUCCAAGGGCCGGAUAGUCGUCUGAAAAUACGUAACGCGGAUGCGACUGGUCCCUCAUUCCUUUUUUUCCGAGUUUCAACACACGCACACACACACACACACCCGAGAAAUAUAAUACCACGACGUAUACUUUCCCCAGUUUAAUUAGCCUUGCAUUCGUCUUGAUUUUCCUUGUGUACAUAUGCCGCGGGUGGAGCUUACAUUUCCGGCGAAAUCGAUGUGAGCCUCCAGGUUAUACAUCACACACGCAAAAAAAAGGAGAGGAAGCGCGCAGUCAGUCAAUUAAGUCAAAGUAAUAAGAGGACACGAGAGUGAGGGAGAGAGAGAGAGAGAGAGAAAGGAUUUUAUCGAGCGAGAGUCGCGACUUCAAUCAACGGGCCGACGAACUUAUCGUCGGCGCUGUAGAUUGCCGGUUAAUAUAUACGUUGUUACUGUAAGCUGAUUGCCGCGAGAGGAGGGAGUAAGAUUCGUCUACGAGUUCACGUUCAUGGAUCCCGACUGCUCUUUCUUCUCUCCGACUGUUGUUUACUUUCACGCCCGAUAUAUCUGAUUUUUACCUGAUUUUCGAGACUAUCUUUACACUGUGAUACCUGCUUUUACUGCGUUUCUUUACUCCAUGCUCAAUUCUUGAUUGUCAAUGUUGAAAGAAAGAGCUAAUCGUAAUUGUGAUGACGUGCGAAACUCAUGAAUCAAUUAUUACGUAGCGUUCGCAAUACUCAAUAAUCAUUCGUAUAAAUAACUGACGACGUCGUUGAAGCGACUAGAGCAAAACAAAACAAGCCCUAAAAUAUUAUUCAAUUCUAGAAAAAUUUAUCGCUUAUACAAUUAAAGUAAUCGCUAAACCGAAGAUCUUCGUGGACGAUCGCUUCUCUCAGUUCUGGAGGAUUACUUGAACGAUCGAUCACGAUAAAAAAAAAUUAUAAAAAUAAAAAAACGAAGAAAUUCUCAAAAUAGUCGUAGGAGCCGUCCAUCGGACAGACGCGUCUUUUCUGUUCUGAUUAUCCUUCCGUUUCGACUUUUUCAAAUAAGCGCGUAAAUAAGAGAAAAUAAGUGAAGUCUUAUAUAUUGUAAGAAUAUGUAUGAAUAUUAAUACGGGAAUAAUGUCGUUAUCUCCACUACCUUACAUGCCACAGUCGAUCUUUUCUGAAUUUUCUCUUUCUUCCAUUCGCUCAUCUCGUUGCUUUUUUUGAGAAUCACGCAUGUUGAGACACCGUAGAAACUAUAUUUCCUUCGACUUGCGUGAAACAUGUUAAUGUGGUUCGUUUAAGAUUACUAGAACGCGAAAAACUGAGAAACCCGUAUUCAAAUCACUGUUGAAAUCUUCCAUGAGUCUAGUGAAACCACAGAGUGAAAAAAAAAGAAAUUUUUUUUGUUAACGAUUGCUCGUUUUUACAUCCUCGAUUCUUUGACGAUUAUUUCCUUGACAACAAAAUAUAAUGUGAUACAUAGUUAAUAAUUAAACGUAAAAUGCUUAAUAUGGACUCUAUUUGUAAGAAUUUACAUGGCAGUAUGAUUUUAGAAUUACUCGUGCAGACAAGAGAAGAACGAUGAUUCGGGAAUGUGCGGUGGAAAAUUAUUUGAUAAUAGAAAUCAGCAAUUGUUAAUAGAAAAAAAUCGAGACAAAAAGCGUGACUGCAGAAACAUAGAACUGAUCGAUUAGCACAUCGUGGUAGUGUAAAUCACGUUGAAAGUAAAUUUAUAGAGGUAGCGACUAUCUGGCGAGCAAGAAACCCAUUGCAAGAGCGUAGCGAUCGAGCGUUCGAAAAAAAAUAUAUAAAAAUAUAUACGUUCCCAGACGGUUGAGCCUAAAAAAGCUAUGAUUUUUUAAUUAUUUCCCGAUUGUUUGUAAUAAGUACGAAACAAAACUGAGAGACAAUAAACGUGAAAAAAUUGCUAAUGACAAUAAAAUUAGAGGCAUCGAGGGGGAAGAUGACAAUAAGAUUAAAAAAUAUAUAAUAUACGCACUGUUCGUUGAUUUGCACUCGUGUUAUAAUAACCAUAUGAAAAUAAAAUCACAGAGGCCUAUUCGAGCAGUUACGCAGAUUUAACGGAAAAGUUUAUUAUCGAUGUGCUCAAACAAAAAGUCGGAGUAGCAAAAGCUUGGAUGACCCGAUUUCCAGUCGAAUAAUAACUUUUGGUGGUUGUGUACACGAUAACUUUCAUUAUGCGUUACAACGAAUAUCGUUUCCAUAGUCAAUUAGAACGCAUAUUGUUUCGUUGCCGGGCGACUCAUACAAUAAGUACUUCGUUCAAUGUACUCGUAGUCUCCAAGCUUUUGAAAAUCCGACGAGUAUGAGAAUAAUUGUUAUCACUAAUUAUCGAUGCUCUAUGAAGAAAUAUACACAUUACACACACACACGCGCACACGCGACGUUAUAUAUAUUUUAACUACGUUUCGAAUGAACAUAUACGAGAGAAAGUAUAACGGAUGUGCUUUCUGCGUGUGCGUAACUAUCUAAAUAUAUACAUAUUGUAACGGCCGUUUAUCGACUUUUUAAAACACACACAUGCGCACACACGCUCACAUAAGAAAACCUAUUGUUAAAUUCAUUGAAUGUUAUAUUGAAUCCUUGAGGAGAACACAGAAUUUUGGAGGAAUAACGAACAAACGCCCAUUGGCGAAUUUUAAGCGGCAAAAAAAAAAAGAAUACGCUUUUAAUAUUUUAGCAAAUUUAUUUUCGUACGACAGUACAAAUGAAUAAAAUUGUAACUAUCGAGUACAACAAUAAUAUUUUACUGUUAUAAAUCUGGAGGCACGAAGGCUUAAUAUUAUGUUGAAACGAUGGUGCUAAAAAGGAUAUAACUGCGCUUACCUGUCGACGUCGUUCUGAUUUGAAAUUUUAUUUGGCGACUUGGCUGCAAGCGUCAGUAUACUUUCAUACAAAGCCGUUUGCAGCUUCGAUUACGAAAUUCCAAAGAAACAGCGGCAAAUCUGCUUUUCAAUCAAGACGACAAACAGCAAAGUUGCGCGAAAAAUGCGUUAUAAAUUGCACUACACUGCUAGGCGGCGCGUAAACAAAGAGAAAUAUUGCUACACGGCUGCUGAUAAAAAAAAGUAUCUACGUUAUGCAAAAAUAAAACAUUCCCAAGUGAACUUUCAAUUCGAAAUAUCAAGCUUGAAAAUUCGCUCGAACGAGGAAUGUCUAUACAAAUUUUUAUGACAAUAACUGCGUUGUUUGUAUAAUGACUAUGCAGUGAAAGACAGUUGUUAUCUAUAAUGAUAAUGUCUCAGCCAUAUUAAUUGAUUUGCACACACACGAUGGCGACGACGAGAGCACAACUUAAAUUAAUAGUCGGCAGAGUGUAAAUAAAGCAAAGUUUUGCACGCACAUUAGCAAUGAGAAGAAUAUCGAUGUGUUUUUUGAAAAAACAACAAACUAGAGGAUUCUAAUUGUUUUUCAUGAAUAAGCAUCGUAGAACUUUUUCUAAUGUAUUUCUUCAUGUGUGCCUCUUUGCUUCUUAAAUAAAAAUAAAGAAAAAAAAAAGAAAACUAUCGCUCGUAGAUAUUAAACAACUAGACAAAUUGUUACCUAUUUGAGACAAUAAGCGAGGAAAUUCAUUUUUCAUUUGCAGUCCGGAUAUAUACACAUGAAAACAAGCAAUUUAGACGGCAGAAAAUUUUCCUGAAAAGACGAAUUGUCAGUAGUACAAGCUUGCACAAUAAAGUAUCGGCGAGAGAUGUAGACAAAGGGAUAAAAUCAUGGAAAAAUCAAUUAAAGUGUGAGUGAUAUUACGAGUACACAAAUUGACAGAAAUGGAUUACAAAAUGAGUAUAAAUAUUAUAUAUACAUAUGAGGAUACAGAAUUAAUUAUACAUAAACUAGAGCGGAAUUAAUUAUUAUAAUGCGUACACGUAAAUGAAAAAAAAAGAAAUAAUGUACAUAUUAUAUUGUUGUCAGUUGAAUGUUACAAUAAAUACCGCAC